UGCUUUGUGCGAGCUUUAUCAAUGGCUUUGGACAUUGGGGACUUCUUGGCAGCCUUAUUGAUCUUAGCAAAAUAUUUGUUUCCACAAGAUGGCAAUUUUCUUCUUUGAUGAAAUGGUUACCCCACUGGGUGAAGAUAAUGGGGUUGCUGUUUUCGUACGCCCAGCAUUUUCAAGAUUCCUCAGAAGACUCCAGGCCUUAGAGCUAUCCCUUAGGUUUAACCUUGCACAGGUGUUGGUCCAACGUUCUCGUUUUUCCCUGUUAACAGAUGUUUUGACUUGUAGGCUGAGUCUGUUGUAUUUCUGCCUGAGUGUUGGAUUGUUUGGGUUCUUUUGGACCUUUUUGUAUGCCCUUCUCUGAGCAAUAACAAGUUUGUUGAUUUCAGCUGUCCAAAAGUUUUUGAAUUUUUUACAAGGGUAAGUUCGAGGAAUAAACUUUUUAGCCAUGCCCAGGAUAGCUGUUGUUAUUUGACAGUACACAAGGUCGACAGAGCUAGACUCUACAUGGAUCUUUUCAAGGGCAUUGUCGACAGCUGUCUCGUAUCCUUUCCAAUUAGCCUUACUAUAGCACCACUUUCGUGGUUCUUUAGUGGUCUUGGUGUUCAUUUUAGAAAGAGUGGCAGUCAGUAAUAUUGGAAGGUGGUCACUACCAAUAUCGCCUAGUACUUGAUAAGUUAUGACAGAUUCCAAGUUAGAAGAGACUAAAGAAAGAUCUGGUCGUGAUAGUGAACCAUUGCUAGCAUGCAGAAGAGUAGGACGAGAGUGUUUAUUUUGCAAAAAAAAAAAGCCAUUGAUAAAGCUCGCAAAGCUGAGGAAAAAAGCUGCUUGUAUUGCUUCAUGGAUUGCUUGGAAAUAUAUGAAAAGGAGAAAAAAGAAUGUUUUCAAACCUUACAAUCUGUGUAGAUCUAUUUAUGUUGUAAAAACGUCACAGGAAUGGGAUGAAGUAUACAUACAACUAUUGAACGAUUUGCAACAUGCCAAGGUGAUUGGUUUGGACUGUGAAUGGGUUCACAAAAAUAAAGUUGCCUUACUUCAGCUGGCUUCUGCAACAGACACUUGCAUUCUUGUCUGUAUGAACAAACUCUUCCCAUCAUUACCAGAAUCUCUUAGAGCUCUCUUAGCAGAUAAAAGCAUACUUAAAGUUGGCGUUGCUGUUGUUGAUGAUGGUAAAAGGUUAGAGAAAGACUAUGGAUUGAAAGUCAACGGUUGUGUAGAUCUAAGGCAUGUAUUGAAGAGAAUCAGGCAACACUUCAUUUGUCAAUCUAAAGGUCUGCAAGGUCUUGCCAGAGGAGUUCUAGGUGUUGACAUUGUCAAAACUAAAAGUAUUCGAUGUGGAAACUGGGAAACAGAAAAAUUGUCAGAAGAACAGGUUCAUUAUGCUGCAACUGAUGCUGCAGUUGCUAUUGACAUCUUUCUUGCAAUGGUGAAUAAAAAAAUGAAGCAUUCUUUAUUGAACUGUAUGGAGGCGAAGUCCAAGUUUUAUGGUGAAAGUCAAAAGAUAGUACAGGACCAGCCAAAUGAGCAACCUUAUGAUGCAUCAUCAGUUUUAUUUAACAAUAAAUCAGAAGUAAACUUUUGGAAACUAGCAUUCAGUAUGUGUCAAGGUCUCAUAGAUUGUUCCUAUUCUGGCAGAAUCCAUCAUGCUGGUGAUUUGUCAACAAGGCCGAGACAAAUCAAUAGGAAUAAAGUAAAGAGCAAUAGUUAUAGCACACGUCAAAGACCACUUUGGGAUAAUUGUAAACUAGAAGCACCAGACGGAGCACUGCUGUGUACUUGUGAUACGAAGAAAGCUCAGUGGUAUCUGGACAAUAAACUUGGUGAUGCUGUUUGUGAGGAUCCCUUAACUGUGCGUCUGCGCUUUGAGCCGGCUAACCGACCGCAGUCAGAUAGAAAUUACUACCUCCAGGAGAAAGAGAAUUUGUGUGUGGUGUGUGGACAUGAUAAAGAUUAUGUGCGAAAGUAUAUAGUCCCAUCUGAAUAUAGAAAGUAUCUACCUGAACAGUUAAAGGACCACAGUUCUCAUGAUGUGUUACUACUGUGUACAGAUUGUCAUAGAAAAAGCUGUGACUCUGAUAUCAUUUUGCGCAUGCAGUUGGCUCAAGAAUGUAAUGCACCAUUAGAGUCUGGUUCAUCUGCUAAAGUUGUGCUUGACCAUGACCUUCAAAAAGUUCGAUCAGCUGCAAGAGCCUUGAAGGCCAACAGAAAGACAAUCCCAGAGAAAAGAGUUCAUGAGCUUGAAGAAAUACUGAAAAUGUUUUAUGGGGUUGGCACAAUAAGUCAAGAUGUAUUAGAACAAGCCACUAGCAUAGAUGCAAGAUUCAACCGUGAAGAUUACAUCCCUCAUGGCAAGAAAGUUGUGGAACAUGUCAAAAAAACUAAAGACCUUUUAUCCUUCCAAGCCAGAUGGCGCCAACAUUUUCUGGAUACCAUGAAGCCACAAUUCCUGCCAGCCUUUUGGUCUGUAGAUUAUGUACCUGAAUGUUGGAUCCACCAGAAACCCCAGACAUGCAGUUGAAAGUCAUGGAUUUAUUUUAUUCUCCAGGGCAACAAAAUGUAUUUAUUCACAUUGCACACAAUUUAACAAAAGAAAAUUGUAACAAAAAAUUAAAAGAACAUUUUUAAAACUUG